AUGCCCGCGGUCUGCACUGUGGUUGGCUCGCUUCAGUCGGAUUUUGUAGGCUUGCUUGCCAUCAUCAGUCUUGGCUUCGCGGCAGGCAAGAUGGCACGCAGCUCCAGUGCCCUCCCCGUGGUCCUGCUGGCCCUGGCGGCUCUCUUCGUGGCCCCCGCCUUCGUGCCAUCCCCUGCCCCGCGCGGGGCGCCCGAGGCCAGCGCUGCUGCCGUCGCGGCAGGUGCCCUGCUGCCGGUGCUCACGGCCCAGCCUGCCAUGGCCGAGGACUACAUGAUGCCUCCCAGCUGGCCCUUCCUCGUGGUCUUUCUCGGGGGAGCUUUCGCGUUGCUGGUUGCGGGAAACUUCAUCUUCCCUGGUGAGAAGAAGUGA